CCAGCCAGGCCAGAUUCAAUCAAUCCCGCACUUCGCAACAUCUCGAUCCUCCUCCACUCCGCCUCUCUUCUCCCCUCCAAUUUCACCUCAACCCCCCCCUCUCAAACCUCUCGUCAAAAUGGGUGUCACCUUCGACAAGUGCGAGACUCGCCCGGCCAACAUUGAUGCCAUCCUCAACGGCCUCGACAGAUACAACCCGGAGACGACCACGGUAUUCCAGGACUAUGUCACCCAGCAGUGCGAGGACCGCACCUUCGAUUGCUACGCCAACCUGGCCUUGCUGAAGCUCUACCAGUUCAACCCCCACCUCCUCCAGCCCGAGACCGUCACCAACGUCCUCGUCAAGGCUCUCACCGUCUUCCCCUCGCCCGCGUUCUCCCUCUGCCUUGCGUUGCUCCCCGCCCACACCCAGCCCUUCCAGUCCUCCAACCCCGAAGCCCAAGCCGCCGCUCAGACCUCCGACUUCGUUGAGUCCGUUCAGAAGCUUGCCCGCCUCUCCACCCUCCUGGAGUCCGCCCAGUACGCCCAGUUCUGGUCCACCCUGAACUCGGACGACCUGUACGCCGACUUGGUCGCCGACGUCGCCGGCUUCGAGGAGCUGGUCCGCAUCCGCAUCGCCGUCGAGGUCGGCAAGGCCUUCCGCGAGGUCAACGCCGAGGUUUUGGAGCAGUGGCUCGACCUCCGCAGCCGCGAGGCUCUCGAGAAGUUCGUCGCCGAGGUCUGCAGCUGGGAGGUCGACGGUGCCGUCAUCAAGGUGCCCACCAACAAGGAGAACGAGGCCCGCAGCGAGGUCAAGAGCGAGCGCGUCGGUGUGGAUAUGUUCGGUCGUGUAAUCCGCAGAGGGUUCGAGCAGGCCGCAUGAGCGGAGAGUUCCUGAUUAAAUUCUUGAGGAUUCAAAAUCGGAUAUCUGUUUUACCCCUCAGAUUAACCCGAACCCGCAUUCAUCGCGUCUUCCUUCUC